CAAAUAGAAUUCCACUACUUUUUCUCUCUCUAUCGUCUGCUUUGUUUCUCUCGCUUUAACAAUCCUAGGGUUUGCGUUUUUGUUUGCUCUGUUCAAUCGAACCAUGUCUACUUCAAAAAUGAUUGUGUUGAAGAGUUCCGACGGCGAAACUUUCGAGGUGGAAGAGGCGGUGGCGUUGGAAUCACAGACCAUAAAACACAUGAUCGAAGACGAUUGUGCUGAUACUAGUAUCCCUCUCCCUAAUGUUACGAGCAAGAUCUUGGCUAAGGUUAUUGAGUACUGUAAGCGCCACGUCGAUGCUGUUGCUAAGACGGAUGAUAAAGCAUCUGAGGAUGAUUUAAAAAGCUUUGAUGCUGACUUUGUCAAAGUUGAUCAGGCUACUCUCUUUGAUCUUAUCUUGGCUGCUAACUAUUUGAACAUCAAGAGUCUGCUUGAUCUCACUUGUCAGACUGUGGCAGACAUGAUCAAGGGGAAAACUCCGGAGGAGAUCCGCAAGACCUUCAACAUCAAGAAUGACUUCACACCUGAGGAAGAGGAGGAAGUUAGGAGGGAGAAUGCCUGGGCCUUUGAGUGAAUCUGAUGUCUAUUAAGUUUCCAUAUUCUGGUGAUAGAUUUGAAUAUAUUAGUAGAUGCUAUUAAGAAUCUCGUAUAUUAGUAAUAGAUAUGUCGUGCUGUUUGUUUGGUACUUUUUAACUUCGUUGUUCAACCAAGACAGUUGACCUCGUUUUGCUAUAUAUAUUUACUUGGUUUAUCUUUAGAGUA